AUGGCAGCUUAUGCAGCUCUGCUUUCUCUUAUGAACACCAUACACCAAAUCCAAAAUCACCCUCGCCCUCCCAUCUCCCUCGACAAACUGCAAAUCGAACCUCUUAUAGAAAUGGUUACUUAUUUGCUGCAUUUUAUUGAAAACUAUGCCAUUGAUGAUGCAGAUGGCUUGGUGGGGCGUAUGGCCGAUGCGGCUCGCAAAGCAGAGGAUAUAGUUGAGUCCUAUAUUGCCGAUCAUAUUGAGGCUCGUGGGAAGGCUAACAUCAGUUUGAACAACGGCUCUUUGUAUCGAUACAUGAAGAAAAAGAUACAAAAAAUGACUCUUUAUAUAAAUAACAACAGCUCGUAUCGAAACCUACAGAAAGUGAUCAACGACUUGAGAUCCAUCACAAAAGACGUGGCUGCUAUUAAAGACGAGGCGGGGGAAAAUAUUGCUCCUUCCAAUGACGCCAUGGUGGGUUCCGAUGAUUCCAUGAAUGACCUCGCGGAUAAGCUGAACAACAGUCCUUCUUCCAAGGGGGACAUCACGAUGGCGGGUUUCAUGAAUGAUGUCAUGGAUAAGCUGACCAAUCAACAAUCCAAUCGUUGGGUCAUCGCGAUUGCCGGCAUGGGCGGUAUUGGUAAGACCACUCUUGCUAAAAGAAUUUACGAACAUCCACUUAUUGUCGAACAAUUUGAUAUUCGCGGAUGGGCUACAGUCUCUCAAGAAUUUGAUUCGAAAAGGAUUUUGUUACAAGUCCUUGACUCUUUGAGAAACAAAAGGAGUGAGGACAGCGAAUAUGAAGAAUUAGGACAAAAUCUGUAUCAGAGCUUAUUCGGCCGACGAUAUCUGAUUGUGGUGGAUGACAUUUGGGGUACGAACGCGUGGGACAUGGUGAAACGUUUCUUUCCAGAUAACAAAGGCGGGAGCAAAGUGUUGAUAACCACUAGGCUAUCGAAUGUGGCUUUGCAGUUGGAUGGCCCAGACUACUUUCAAAUGCCUUUUCUGAAGGUGGACGAAAGUUGGAAUCUGCUGCGUAGGUGUGUGUUUCAGGAACAACAAGGGAACUGCGGAGGCCUUCCAUUGUCAAUUGUCGUGAUCGGAGGACUCUUAGCAAAGUCUGAACGGACACGUGAAAACUGGCAACAUGUUUUAGAAAAUUUAAGCUCGACCGUGAAUUCAGAGGAGGGCGAGCAUUGCUUUAGAAUACUAAAGUUGAGCUACAAUCAACUGCCGGUGCACCUGAAGCCGUGUUUUCUGUACAUGGGCAUGUUCCCGGAGGACCACGAGAUUCACGUCCCCACGCUCCUCAAACUAUGGGUUAGUGAAGGAUUUGUGAAACCAGUGGCCGGUAAAAGUCUGGAAACAAUUGCGAGAGAAGUGUACCUACAUGGUCUUGUCAUCAGAAAUCUAAUAUUGGUCCGUGGGUGGGGCUGCACUCGAAGAAUAAGACGAUGCGGCAUCCACGAUCUCCUGAGAGACCUAUGCAUAAAGGAGGCUGAGAAAUACAAAUUGUUUCGCACAAUGGAAACAACGCACAACCCUGAGCAUCACGACCAAAUUAGUUGGCCUGCCCAACGCCGUAUUGGCAUUCACCAAGCCGGGAAAUACAUUCCACGUGGACUCCCUGAUUUUGUGCAAUCCGCAUCAAGAGUGAGAACCCUGAUAUGGAACGUUGAUGGAAGUUUGCCAUCUGCAGUUCACUUUAGAUUGCUGAGGAUUCUGAAUGGAUUUAUUAACAGGCAUAAAUAUUCUGGACAAGAAUUAUUUCUUCCUGUCAACUUGUGCCACCUGGUUGGCCUAAGGAUUCAAUUCCCUGUGGAAGUUUUGUACAGACUCUGGAAUUUACAGACGUUAAUAGUUGAUUUGCCCCAUAUAAGUCGGGUGCUGGACAUCUGGCGGAUGCCCCAACUCAGGCACGUCAAGGUAUGGAGUCUCUGGCUCACGGAUCCUCCUCCUCCUCCAAUGGAUGAAGAACAUGGUUGGAUGGUGUUGGAGAAUCUAGAGACGCUCCAGUACGUAUGGAACUUGAGGUUGGGUGAGGAAGUGGUUGAGAGAAUCCCCAACAUCAAGAAGCUCGGAAUAAGAUACAUGGAGGAGAUAUCACCGGUUGAUUAUGGUCUCAACAAUCUAUGUAGGCUACGCAAGCUGGAGUGCCUUUCAAUUUCAUGCUAUUCAUCACUCUCUCGACGAAUUGAGGUGACGUUGUUCCCGAUUACGCUCAGGAAACUGACUCUGUUUGGCACGUACCUGAUGUGGGAGGAGAUGGGAACAAAGAUAGGCUCGUUGCCAUAUCUCGAGGCCCUCAAGCUAGAGGAUAAUUCAUUCGUGGGGCCCGAUUGGGAAACUGCCGAGGGCGGAUUCCCGAGCCUGAAGUACUUGCAAAUCGACAGCUGCAGCAGUCUGGAACAAUGGAGGGCAGAGGCCACACACUUCCCGCUACUCGAGCGGCUUGAACUGUGGUAUAUAGACAAGCUGAAGGAGAUCCCACUGGAAAUUGGGGAAAUAACCACGCUUAGGGAGAUCAAGGUGUGGAAGUGUUCGGACUCAGCUGUGCUUUCUUCAAAGAAGAUAUUAGAGGAACAAGAGGAAUGCCUUGGGGAAGUGGAGCUUCAGAUUGAAGUUCAACUAGACUAUGAAAGGACCCUACUACGAAAAGAGAGCUUGAGGAGUCACAACUUACGUUUUCUUGAAUAUUAUUAA